UUUUCCUGUAAUGGCGGAGCAGACAGAGAGCGAGACUAUCGGGUUCAACGACAACAGAAUGGUGCAGCAGGCAGUACGGUUCCGUGGCCCUGCUCCUGCACCUGCGCCUGCCCAGACCCCAGUGUUACGAGGACCACCGCCACUCCUUAGGCCACCGCCACCUCCUUUUGGGAUGAUGAGGGGACCCCCGCCGCGACCCCCAUUUGCACGUCCACACUUUGACCCCAACAUGCCGCCCAUUCCACCACCAGGAGGGAUGCCUCCGCCCAUUGGACCUCCCCAUCUACAGAGACCUCCGUUCCUUCCCCCUCCCAUGGGGAACCUGCCUCCUCCUCCGGGAAUGCUGUUUCCUCCUGGGAUGCCCCCCGUUCCUUCAUCUGGAGCCCCUGCACUCAACCCUACAGAGGAGAUCUGGGUAGAGAACAAGACACCAGAGGGAAAGGCAUAUUACUACAACGCCAGGACCAGAGAGUCCUCGUGGAGUAAACCGGAUGGUGUGAAGAUCAUCCAGCAGUCUGAACUCAACCCUCUUCUUGUAGCUGGGUCUGCGGGGCCGGGUCAAAGUGUAGGGGUGACUGCAACUUCAAGCUCAAGCAGUGUUAACACUACAGCCAGCACGACAGCCGCAGUCCCUAGUCAGGCCCUGUCCACAACCCCCUCCCGCACUCUCGCCUCCAGUCCAGACUCCACCUCCUCCCCCUCUGUGACCAUUGCAGCCACUAUUGUAGCAGACAUAUCCCCUGUUGCCACAGUUUCCUCAGCUGUGGCUGUUUCUCCAGUCACUGUGGUUACUGUUUCCACGGUGCCCUCACCUGUUACGGCGGUGCAGACCAUGCCGCUGCUUCCUGCAGGCCUUCCUCACAGUGUGGGUCAGCCCACUGCAGGCAUCCCUACCUUCCCUCCUGUCAUGGUGCCACCGUUCAGGGUGCCCUUGCCCGGCAUGCACAUCCCUCUACCAGGUGUAGCAAUGAUGCAGAUAGUAGGUGCCCCCUGUGUAAAGGCAGGCCCAGGCCCCAACGGCAUGCUUCCUGGCAUGGGCCCGCCUUUAGUUUCCAUGAUGCACCCACAGCUGGCUCUCUCGGCAGCUCCUGCCUCCAUGGCCGGAUCAUUGCACCUCCCUGAGUGGUCAGAGUACAAAACUGCUGAUGGGAAAAUGUACUACUACAACAACCGAACACUGGAGUCCACCUGGGAGAAACCACUGGCCCUGUUGGAGAAAGAAAGAGAAGCAGAAAGGAUCAAGGAGCGUCUGGCCCAGGAGGAAGCUGAGGCGAUGGAGAUGGAGGACGAGGAGAACAAAUCAGAAAACACUAAUAAUGUGAAAGAGGAGCCUAAAGAAGAAGAGAUGACUGAGGAGGAAAAGGCAGCUCAGAAAGCAAGACCAAUAGCCACCAACCCUAUCCCUGGCACGCCAUGGUGUGUGGUGUGGACGGGUGAUGAUCGCGUGUUCUUCUACAACCCCACAACACGGCUGUCCAUGUGGGACCGGCCCGAGGAGCUGGUUGGUCGAGCUGAUGUCGACAAGCACAUCCAGGAGCCGCCACACAAGAGAGGCCUGGAGGACAGCAAGAAGACAGGUAACAAUAAGGAGGAGCCAGAAUUAGCCAUUGCGACUGAAGAAAAUCAGGAUGAGGAACCAACCAAAGCCAAAAAGAGAAAGAAGGAGGAGGUGAAGGAGGCAGACUCUGAGAAGGAAGCAGCAAUGGAGGCAGAGCUCAGAGCUGCCAGAGAACGAGCUAUAGUGCCACUGGAGGCCCGGAUGACCCAGUUCAGAGAAAUGCUGCUGGAGAGAGGGGUGUCUGCAUUCUCGACGUGGGACAAAGAGCUUCACAAGAUUGUGUUUGACCCACGUUACCUUCUGCUCAACCCAAAAGAGAGGAAACAGGUGUUUGAUCAGUAUGUGAAGACACGAGCGGAGGAGGAGAGGAAGGAGAAGAAGAACAAGCUGAUGCAGGCCAAAGACGAGUUCAGGAGGAUGAUGGAGGAGGCAAAGUUUACACCAAGAACAACGUUUAGUGAAUUUGCAGUGAAACACGGUCGAGACCCGCGAUUUAAGACCAUAGAGAAGAUGAAGGACAGGGAGGCGAUCUUCAUGGAAUUCAUCACCGCGAUAAGGAAGAGAGAGAAAGAGGACUCCAAGUCCAGAGGAGAGAAGGUGAAGCUAGACUUCUAUGAUCUCCUGAGUGAGCAGCACAUAGAGGUAGGCCAGCGGUGGAGCAAAGUGAAAGAGAGGCUAGAGACGGACCCACGAUACAAGGCUGUGGAGAGCUCCGCACUCAGAGAAGAGCUUUUCAAACAGUACAUGGAAAAACAAGCAAAGAGCGUGGACCUCGACAAGGAGCGAGAGAUGGAGCGGCAGGCUCGUAUCGAGGCCAGUCUCAGAGAGAGGGAGCGGGAGGUGCAGAAGGCUCGAUCAGAACAGACCAAAGAGAUCGACCGAGAGAGAGAGCAGCACAAAAGGGAGGAGGCCAUCCAGCAUUUCAAAGCUCUCAUGUCGGAUAUGGUACGGUCUUCAGAUGCAACAUGGUCAGACACUCGCCGUAACCUGCGGAAAGACCAUCGCUGGGAGUCGGCGUCACUGCUGGAGAGAGAGGAGAAGGAGAAGCUGUUUAACGAACACGUAGAAGCACUGGCCAAGAAGAAGAAAGAACAUUUCAGGCAGCUACUAGAUGAGACCAGCAUGAUCACUCUCACAACCACAUGGAAGGAGGUGAAGAAGGUUAUCAAGGAAGACCCUCGCUGUAUUAAGUUCUCCUCCAGUGACAGAAAGAGACAACGGGAGUUUGAAGAUUACAUCAAAGACAAGUACAUCACAGCCAAAGCUGACUUCAGAACCUUGCUGAAGGAGACAAAGUUCAUCACAUACAGGUCGAGAAAGCUGAUCCAGGAGUCCGAGCAGCAUCUAAAGGAUGUUGAGAAGAUCCUUCAGAACGACAAGCGGUACCUCGUUCUGGAGUGUGUCCCCGAGGAGCGCAGGAAGCUCAUCAUGUUCUACAUUGAAGACCUAGACCGCCGUGGCCCUCCUCCUCCCCCCACUGCCUCUGAGCCGACCCGACGCUCUACCAAGUGAGCAAUACAUCAUCUUCUUGGCCGGUGCCCUACUCCUCCUUGCCCUCCCUUUUGGCCAGAGCAUGAUCUCCCCCAAAACUCACCCUGAACCCAGCCUUUCAGGCCCACGGCUGGCCUCGCAGUGUUAUUGCUGGGGCUCGUGUUGCUUAGAGAUGUACCAUAGAGAUGAACGGUUAUGGUCUCUGUGUUAUGUCGCAUCCCUGAAAUAGCCCUUAAUUUGAGGCAACAGCAGGGAACAGAGGUUACCUGAUCUCAAGGUGAACCUUGAGCCCUCACCUCUGACCGGCCACAUUAGAGGGAGAGGGAUAGUCAUGAGGCUGCUGCCCGAGCAGCCAUAGAGGUGUAAGAUAGCUGUUGUAAAUGAAGAUGAGUGUGUGAGAAUGCGGGUGUGUGUGUGCGUAUGUAUGUGUGUAUGUAUGUGUGUGCGUAUGUGUGUGCAUGUGUCUGAGGCGUCCUUAAGCCUUACUGCUCCACUUUGCCAGUCAUUGUUUCAGUGGCUCAGUGUGAAUGUUAGUUUAUGCUCAGUGGUUUACUCUGAUGUUGCAGCAGUUUCUCUGUUGAAUGAAAUAAAGGCAAC